AAGGCGAUCGAGGCCGGCGCGGCGGCGCUGCGAAACGAGUACCCCGGCCGCAAGGUCCAGCUCCUCGCACACUCGAUCGGCGGCUGGAUCAGCCGCGCGUACCUCGGCCAGCUGCCCGCCGAGGAGCGCUCCGCCACCUUCUCCGCCCUCGCCACGCUCGGCACGCCACACGCGCCGCCGCCGGAGGGCUUCUUCCGCACCAUCGACCAGACGCGCGGCCUGCUCCGCUUCGUCGAGGAGCGCUACCCCGGCGCCUUCCACCCGGAGCUCCGCUACCUCACCGUCGGCAGCAGAGCGCAGCGGGGCGCGCUGCCGGGCGGCGGCGCCGGCCUCGUCGGCGGCGCGCUCGCGUACGCCUCGUACCUGCCGCUCGGGGGCGAGGGCGGCGUCGAGGGCGACGGAAUCACGCCGCUGCGGUGCGCACACUUGGACGGCGCCGAGCAGCGGGAGGUUGACGCGUACCACAUCGCCUUUGUGCCCGGGAGCGGCACGCGGCUGCUGGGCUGCCGCUGGUACGGCUCGCCAGACGUGGUGGGCGAGUGGGCGGACUUCUUGCGGUGA